CUGUUGUGUAAGCACUUGCCGCCAAAUGAUUUCGAAUUUCUCGGUAUCAAAAAUUAAUAACUAAUAUCAGAGAAAUGUAUGUAACUACAGCUGAUUUUUGACAAAGAUAACGCCAGUCAGUUUGCAUAUUUAAGAGCUUCCCACAGCAAAAGUUUACGGCAGUGCAGUCUUUCUUACGGCAAGCGUGUUAACCCACCUGCUGAUCAAACGGAAACUUAAACAUCAACAACUUAUAGGACAGCAUAAUUUCUUGAAUACCUGGUUUAAAUACUGCUAAGUUAUGUUGAGAACAACCGCUUUAAUAAUACUGGCCUCCGCUGCAAUUGCAGUAGUACAAGCGAAUAGCAAAAGUUUGUCAGUAGAGGAGAUUUGUAGUCAGCUGCCUGGCGGCACCUAUAUUUUACGGCCGAACUCAUGCAACAAUUGGGUCCAGUGUCCAUCCUCAACCGCUGCACAGGACUACGAAGACGGUUUCUGUGCGUACGGUUUGUAUUUUAACAAGGAUACAAAUCGAUGUGAAACAAUGGAGGAUGUCAUUUGUCCUUUCGAAAGCUCCCAAACACAAAGUGACACCAACCGUUGUGCUUCAAAGAAAGAUGGUAUUUUCUUGGCAGAUCCAGACAGGUGCAAUGGUUAUAUCUUCUGUGCAAAAGGCGAAGAAACGCGCUCUACUUGUCCCAAGGAUUUGAUAUUCCACCCCACUAAAUCUGCCUGUGUCUAUCCUAGUGACUAUGAAUGUCCCAAGGCAGUAAGUGAAAAUGUAACAGUCAGUCCGAUUUGUCAAUCAGUAGCAACUGGCACGAUCUUCGCCGACAUAACCGACUGUACGAAGUAUCACCAAUGUGUCGAAGGCGCCAAGCUGAAAUCGUUACAGUGCGCUGAGGGUCAAGCCUUCAACCAUACAACACUGCAGUGCGUAACACGCAGCGGCGCCGUUUGCCAUCCUUUGGCUCCGCAACUGGAACCGGAAAUCGAUGUUUGUGGUACCAGCGUGCAGAAUGCACGCGUCGGCUACAUAGCUGACGAGGAUUCAUGCAGUGCUUAUUACAUUUGUACGAAACAAGCUGAUGGAACACCCGAUCGCAAGCCCACGCAUCUCAAAUGUCAGGAUGGUUACUUCUUUGACAGUGGCACUUGGUCAUGUCGCGACCGCUUGAAUGUGAAGUGCUCUUUGGAUCGCUGUGAAUCCAUGAGUAACAAAUAUGUUAAUGUGGCUGGCGAUUGUAGGGCCUAUGCACGUUGCAGAAAUGGUAAAACAGCUAGUAGGGGCGAAUGCGACGUUGGCUAUUACUUCGAUGAACGCACGCAAGGAUGUACUCCUCAAAAUAUUAGCUACAUCGCCUGUUCGGCCUAA